UGAAAACCCUCUUGUCUUCUCUUUAGUUUUCUUUUCUCACUUUCUCUCUCUAAAAAGAUAACAAAAGAAUAGAAAAAGGAAAGAAAAAACAGGCUUUUAUUGGCCUCCUACUCAGACGAGUCCACCACCUAUUCCUUGAAAAUUCCCAAUUCCGAUUCCUCCCCCAUUUUUCUUUCUUUCUUCCUUUCUUCGGCAGAAGCUCUUGUGGUGUCUUACUUGAUUGAGAAUUUGCUUCUAAAAAGUGCAGAUUUUUUCAAGGAUAUUCUAUUGCUGUCUUAUAUUAUAAAGUUUCAAUUGGCCUAUCUUAGUGAUUUUUUGACGGAAUUUGUUCGAAUUAUUUUCUUCUUUCUUGUGCUGAAGAGGACAUGCUGCAUGAUCAAGUGACAAAAGUUUUAGUUGCGAAGCAGAGAUAAGUAAAAGAAAAUGGGAGGUUGUUGCUGUUGUUCCUCUAAAGGAACUGAACUCACUAGUGCACCUACAUACUAUUAUUAUCCAAGGACAUCAGAAGAGCACUUGCCUCUGUCAUCACAUCGUAACCCGACAUCUACACUCUCUACUGGUCUCUUGGUGGAUACUAAUUUGGAUACAUCCAGCCCAGAUACUUACAGACCACCUCCUGCACCAGUUCCAUAUGAUGUGCCACUUGGACGCUCUAAUUCCCCACCAGGUGCUCAAGAAAUUUGUAGUGAUAAGAAUGGAGCAGUGGCACAGUCAACAAACUCGGAUUCUUUCCAAGAAGCAGCUGGUGGAAAUGGGCAGGAUCGUUCUCCCAAGUGUGAAGACUUGAAAGAUUCAGACGGCAAGGCGCAAAGUGUUUUUGAAGUUGAGACAGCAAAGGACUUGGAAGUUGAACUUUCAAAAUCAGUGGAAUCUGUUGUUUUGACAGCUGAAGAAGAAGAUGGUUGUCCAAUCUGUUUGGAGGAGUAUGACAAAGAGAAUCCAAAACUUAACACAAAAUGCGAGCAUCAUUUUCACCUCGCAUGCAUUCUGGAAUGGAUGGAAAGAAGUGAGACCUGUCCUGUGUGUGAUCAGGAAAUGAUAUUUGAUCCUCCUAUUGAUUCCUAGCGGUGAACAGCAUAUAAAUAAGUCAACUUCAUUUCUCGAAGGUCUUACACUUUCUUUUUAUGUACGCAUUUAGAAGUGGCAGCCACAUACAUGGUUAUUGAUUGGUUUUGUUGGUCAGAUCACUGUGCAUUCAUUUCUUUUUAACUUUGAAGCAGAAAAAAAAUGACAAGGCAACAAAAGAAGGUUGGGUAUUUUUUCGGGGGGUCUUUGUUUUUGUUUUUUGGUGGGUAGGAGGGAGGAAAUGGGAAAUUUUGAGAAAGGCGUGAGGCCAUUCUUGAGUUUCAUUUUCUAUUAAGUCAUAGUUAUUGUCCAAAGUGAAAGGUUUAGUUGUUCAAGCAUAUAGGAGGUGAAAACUGAAAAGUGAAAAACCAUAUCUUCUUCUUUUUCCAAUAUAUGUUUUCUCUUAAUGUGGGUAUAGUGUUUCGUGAGUCUGUUUGGAUACUAGUGUUUUUUUUUUUUUUUUGGCUUCUUGCUUGAAUUGGUUGGUCCUGUAAAUGGCAUAUAGUUUACACUGGGUUCUUUGAAGGUGGGUAGAGAUUUUGAUGAGAGUAUUGGAAAAUGAAAGGUUGGUAUGACAAAGUACAUUGGCUGUAUUUUCAGAUUAUUGAUGUAAAUAUGUCUUGUUCUUCUUGUUUUUUUGUUUCA